UUCCUCCUCGGAUCCAACCUAACCAAGGGAAACCUCUCCCCUAGGAAUCUUGGUUCUUGCCACAAGAGAAGUAGCUAGAGAUGGAAUAUUCCAGCCACCAAUUUGAUGUUAUCGUUGUCGGUGCCGGCAUUAUGGGCAGUUCCACUGCCUAUCAACUAGCAAAAAGAGGCCAAAAAACUCUGUUGCUAGAGCAAUUUGAUUUCUUGCACCACCGUGGAUCCUCUCAUGGCGAGUCACGAACUAUACGAGCAACUUACCCUGAAGACUACUACUGUGUCAUGGUUAAGGAAUCCUCACAAAUGUGGGAGCAGGUUCAAUCAGAGAUUGGCUACAAGGUUUAUUUCAAAGCACAGCAAUUCGAUAUGAGCCCCUCGGAUAACAAGAGCCUUCGCUCGGUUAUCUCUAGCUGCGAAAGAAAGUCCAUCCCAUAUCGGGUCUUAGACCGACAACAAGUGUCCGACCGAUUCUCAGGCAUGAUUAACUUACCGGAGGAUUGGUUUGGUGUGUUAACUGAUGUUGGCGGGGUUAUAAAGCCCACCAAGGCAGUGUCCAUGUUCCAAGCAUUGGCUUUCCAGAGGGGUGCAGUUUUGAGAGACAACAUGGAGGUGAAAAACGUUGUGAAAGAUGAGGUAAACGGAGGGGUAAAUGUGGAGACUGCCGAUGGUAAAAAGUUUUGGGGUAAAAAAUGUGUGAUUACUGCUGGGGCUUGGGUAAGAAAGUUAGUUAAAACGGUUGGUGGGCUUGAAUUGCCCAUACAAGCCUUGGAGACUACAGUGUGUUAUUGGAGGAUCAAGGAGGGGCAUGAGGCGAAGUUCGCCAUUGGAAGUGAUUUUCCUACGUUUGCAAGCUACGGGGAGCCGUACGUUUACGGCACACCGUCGUUGGAGUUUCCAGGAUUGAUCAAGAUUUCUGUGCACGGUGGGUACCCUUGUGACCCUGAUAAGAGGCCAUGGGGUCCAGCUGGGAUUUCAUUAGAUUCUCUGAAGGAAUGGAUCAAGGGGAGAUUCUCUGGCUUGGUUGAUAAUGGCGGACCGGUUGCUACUCAGUCAUGUAUGUACUCAAUGACCCCAGAUGAGGAUUUUGUGAUUGAUUUUCUCGGCGGGGAGUUUGGGAAGGAUGUGGUGAUUGGUGGUGGGUUUUCGGGUCAUGGGUUCAAGAUGGCUCCAGUUGUGGGCAGGGUUUUGGCUGACCUUGUGCUUGGUGGGGAGGCGAAGGGCGUGGAAAUGAAGUACUUUAGGGUUCAAAGGUUUCAGGAUAAUCCUAAAGGGAAUGUGAAGGAUUAUGAAAAUCAGGUCAACUCCUUUUCAAAUCACAAGUAAAUGAGCAGACAGAUUAUUUUCUUGUCCAUGCAUGUCAAUGGGAAAAAAAAUCUAGAGCUUUUUGUGGCCAUGGCUAAU